AUGAUCGCUCUUUACGACCUUCCGACCAAGGCAGCCGAUUCCCCAGGAAGUAUGAAUACCUGGCGGACUAGGUAUGCCCUAAACCUCAAAAAUCUGCCCUACCAGACUGUCUAUGUCGAACUACCCGACGUCGAAGCUCUCGCCAAAAGGAUCGGCGCCGCCCCCACCAGCACGAAGUCCGAUGGCGUCUCCCCUUUCUACACCAUCCCGAUCAUCCAAGACGACUCCACUGGUGCUGUCGUCUCCGAAUCUGCCGCCAUAGCAGCCUAUCUUGACAAGACAUACUCAUCCUCCGGGCCUGUACUCAUUCCCCCCGGGACCAUGACCCUCCAACUCGUCUUCUCCGAUACAGUGACCGGCAUUUUCAGUCCCUUCCGGCCAUUCUUCAUCUCGGGAAUAAUGGCAAAGAUGAACGAUGCGACGGCAGUGUAUCUCUCCAAAACUAGGCUGGGCGGGGCUCUCAAGGUGGAGGCGCCGAAAGGGGAAGAGCUAGAGAAGCUACGGGCCAGUGCUAAGGAGAAUUUUGGGAAAAUGAGCAAGUGGUUUGAGGAUAACGAGGGUGACUUUGUUAUGGGAAAGGAACCGUGCUUCGCGGACACGGUGAUUUGCGGGUAUUUGUGGUUCAUGAGGAGAAUGGUUGGGGAGGAGAGUGAGGAAUGGAAAGAUAUCGUUACUUGGAAUGACGGCAGGUGGGGAAGGUACCUGGAAAUUUUCAAGCCGUAUGAAAAGAUUUUGUAG